CUUGUUACGCAGGGAGGAUGUAUGUCACAAGUGUUUCACACGCUCUUUUUUUUCUUAAAUUGAAACCACACGAACUUCCUUUUCUACCUUCCUUGUAUUGUAUUUGCGCGUCAAGAGACAGUCAGAGGAGUUGACAGCAAUGAUGUAUAUAUUAUACACAUUGGUUUGAGAAAGAGAGGCGCGAACAUGUAGCCUAGGCGUUGUGUUGAUAAAGGUUGAAACAUUUAUCCAGGAUGAACCGUUCCAGUAAAUUGUCAUCUGAAAAACAGACGAAAACCUGGAUGAAAUAUGGAGUGCUAUGCUGACAACAAGAUGCAACUCGAGACCGGUGAGCGUAGUGGGAGAAACCAGAAUUGAAACCUGCGGUGCUUCAGUGAAGCCGUCUUGUCUGAAGAGGAUCACUGUAACGCAGACGGAGGGAGUCAGGAAGCAGGUGCAGUCGCCCCCCCCCCACCCCCUCAUCUGAUGGAGAGGCCGUCUUCUACAACCAGGCGUCAGGCCUGGUUCCAGACCGGUCGCCAGUGGCCUACCCUGAAAGAACAAGAUCCACAGGGACCUCCAUCCACCCACCCGUCUGUUCCACACCAGUCUGCAUCAGAGGAUGAUGUCUUCUCAGAUGGAUGCUCAGCAGGAAAGAUUGAGAGCUGGCUGCUGGGCUGUGGGCGGGAGACGGACUCAGAAAACUCUAGACAUAAUCUGACUGUUGAGUCUCUGCUGAAAUCAAAAAGUUUUGAAGAUGACCUGAGUCUGGGGGCUGAGGCUACAGUAUUAGAUGUUGAGGAAGGCGUCUCAGAACUGAGCAGCUGCCCACUGCUGUUUCCGCCACCCAAACAUCCUCACAGAGGAGUCACCACCAGUACUCCCCGCCAGAGACUGGCUCUGCCCCUUCUCCACCUGGGUCACAGUCUGGCCUCCAGUGGGCUCUCCAAAAGCACCAGUAAAGCCUCGAGUGUGUCGGAGGCCCUGCAGAUGUGUGCGGAGGAUGCAGAGGAGACUCUGUACCAGUUAGGGUUUGGUUGUGAUGAGCCUGAGGUGACGGCCCGUAUCCCUAUCCGCUUCAUCAACUUCCCCUCCCAUGCCCACGGCAUCAACCUCCGCCUCUUUCUUCAGUCCCAACUGCACCGGCUCCGACAGGAGGACCCAGGACUCUCCCUGGCCAGCCGUUUCAGGCAGGUAGAGGUGCUGACAGCCAUGGCCAACGCCUUCUACUCCCUCUACUCACACGUGUCCCGCACGCCCCUCCAGAAGCUCGCCCCUCCUGAGUUCAGCUUCUCCCCCACCGCUGACGGGCAGAUUGGACGGCGCUUCAUGGGAAGUGUCCGCAGCGAACCGAGGUCUCCAGUGGAACGACUCAAGGAUACGGUUUCUAAGAUGUGCCUGUAUACUGGCUCUGGGGCUUCUGCCCGGCUGGGGUCGGACUCUGCCUGCCCCAGACCAGGACUCUCCCCCGGGCCUGGGUCGGCACCCAAGAAGAGAAGCAGCCUUCCUGACUUGGUGGGUCUGGUCCUGGAGAACACCAAGGCAGAGCCUUUAUCCAGAGACAUGGAGGAGGAUAAUCAGGAUACAGGGAACAGUAAUGAGACGAGUGCUGCUGUGGACACGAUGGUGAGCGAGAGAGAGACAGAGACACAGGGACACACAGACGGGGAGGGGGAGCAGGGGUUGUUUUCAGAUGUACAGGAUAUGGACACUGGGGAUAGUAACAAGACGUGUGCUGUGGGCACACGUAUGUUCCGGGACAGAGAGACAGAGACACCGGGACAUAGAGACACAGUCAGGGACAAGGAGUUGGAGCAGGGAUCGUCAUCAGAUGGGAAUGGAGUUGAUUUAGAGAGAGAGCGACAUCCUGACAGAACACCCAACUUUGGGGCAUCAUCACUUUCAGAAUCAGGUCAUCAAAGAGAGCCCAGUAGUAGGAAGAAGCUGGACUUUGGCCUUACUACUCCAAGACCUACUUGUGAAGUUGGAGAAACUCAAAACACAAUUCAUCCCACGGGCUGGGCAACAGUAGUGGCACCGGUCGCCAAGGUUACCCGUGACAUCACCCGUCCUCCGAUCGUUGAGUGUGUUCACCAGGCUCCGUACGGCAGUCAACUACAACAGUGGAAUAGUAACACGCAGGCGGAGGACAUUUUGUCCUCUGAGAACGUCAGAAGAUCUGACCGAUCCUUCACCACGUCAGACGGACUUCACAAACCUAGGGAGAAGGAUUUCUUAACCACCAGUAACUCAGCCAAGAGUUUAGAGGUCGCAGUAACUCCCAUGUCUAAGGUGGAGUCUAGUUUGGGAGAAGCUGGAACACUGGUUGUGUCAACGUUCGUGUCUAUGGAGCUCCUUAGUUGCAGGAAGUCCCCUUGUCUCAUCACUGUUACUGAUGUGACACCUUCUAGUUCUUUAGACACAGAUGCACCUGAGAUGAUUCUCCCUGCCAGUGGUGGGACCACAGUGGUGCCUCCAGCAGCCCAGUAUUAUCCAGGUGUAUGGAGGAACAAGAGGUACCUGAGUCCUCUGAAACCAACACCGCUCCAGGGGCAGGUCUCCCACACUAUUCAACAGGCCAACUCCUUUGAGCUGGAGGAGGUACAGAGCGCAGGGGAGGAAGACUUUGGACAGCAAGAAACUAUAAGGUCAACAUCUUUGUCCCGGUCCACUGUCAAUCAAAACAAAGGUCUGGUGGUUCGAGGGGACAGCAUGCAAUCAGACAGUAGUGGCUACGCUGAUGACGACGUCGACUCCCCUGACAGAGACAAGAGCUGACGAACAGGACCCUCGGGGAAAUAAACUCCGGGAGCUAUUAUUUACAUGAGUCACACAAACAUAUUGAGCCACUGAAGGUACAGUCAGAUACAGACUGUUAUUGUGAAUGACAUCAUGAAAUCCGGUGGCAUUCUGACUACGCCCACUUCGACGUCACACUAGUGCUUCAACCGAGUUCAACGUUGACUUCCGUUGGUAAACGCAUUGCCCACGUAGGCAUAUUUAACACACAGAUCAAGUUUCCUAACCUGACGCGCAGGCGUUGUGUGCCAGACGAUGCAAUGUGGUUAGCCGACAUGUUUAAAUACUUGUCCAGGCGCUGUAAGAUCUGGCAUGAGUCUUCAGUGUAAGUCGGACAGGAACUCAACCCUUCGGUUCGAUUGUGUAGACUGUCUUGUGUCCAGUGUUUCUGUUGACAGUCAUUAA